AUGGAUGUCGACCAACAACAACUUCAAUCCUUGGUUUUAUCUGCAGAACUUAAUUCUGAAAAUGAGAACUUGGAGCAAUUAGGUCCUAUAAUAAAGAGUAUUUAUGAUUCGGGCAGACAGGAGGCGUUUCUUGAUCAACUAACGGCAUUUGAAAGGAAGAAGGAGGGCGAAAUUGAGCGAAUGUGUAAUAGUAAUUAUCAGGAAUUCGUCCAAUCCGUCGAUCAACUUCUCAAAGUACGUCAAGGCACUGUCAACUUGAAGAAUAAAAUAAUCGAUCUCAACUACGACGUGCAGAAAUCAGGGAAAAAACUAACAACAAAAAAAAAAGAAUUAAUUCAGACACGCAAGAUACAAAAGAAUAUCGAUGAUGCAAUUGAAACGCUACAGAAAUGUCUGCAUAUCCUGGAUUUAUCAAACAGAGCCAACAACUUAAUUGAAGAGAAAAAAUAUUAUUCAGCAUUAAGGACGUUAGAGGAACUCCAGACAGUCCACCUUCGCAACGUAAUACAAUAUGAAUUUGCAAAGCAUAUGCAGGAAUCUAUACCCGUUACCCAGAAUAGUAUCAAGGAUGCAGUCACUAAGGAAAUGAAAGAAUGGCUUUUCAAAGUACGCCAAGUCUCUCGUCAAGUAGGAAAACUUGCCAUGGAUCAACUGGUCACGAGACAAGAACGAUGGCGAGUGAAAGUUGCGCAGGAACCGGACUUGAGACAUGUCGCCAUCAAUUCACCUAUCGAACUUGUACUGAAUGAGGAUAAAGAAUUCAAUGUUGUCAAUAAUGAAUAUGUACAGAUUGAUUUUAAACCAUUGUAUCAAUGUCUGCACAUAAACGAAGAGCUCGGCAAGAGUCAGGAACUAAAAUCCAACUACGAAGAAGAUCGAAGGGCCCAAGCAAACCUUGUUCUCUCCACUUCAUUUGUCUUAAAAGAUAACGACGCUUCAGGCCUAAUAGCCUUUUUCCAAGAUAUUGUGGGUUUUUUCGUAAUCGAACGAGUUAUUUUGCGGUCGAUAGAAAAUUUUCGUUCAUCGAGUGAAGUCGACGCAUUAUGGGAUACGGUCACAUCCAAAGCGGUACAGAUUAUAUAUGCCGCAUUAUAUGGUUGUAUCGAGUCUAAACUAUUUAGCCGAGUAAAGAAAGAGUUGACAGUGUUCAUGCAAACGCUUGAGGAAUAUUCGUAUAAUGUACAAAAGUAUAUGGAUUUGCACCUUUUUGUCUUUCAACGUUACUCUGAAUUACUCAAAGAAAAGUUUGCAGACGAUUUUCAUCAAACUAUGUUGGAAGAUGACUAUAUGCCAAUGAUAGUUGACUCUCCCGAACAAUACGAAGCUGUGCUUGAUGCUUGCUGGUUUACUGAGGAUUCACGAAUAACUGGGCAGGGAUACCCAAGAAGUCUUCCCUUUUCACAAGCGUAUCCUUCAUGCUGUCUAGACAUAAAAAAUUUUGUCUCUCAAUUUUAUGAAUUUGCUGAAGAUGCCUCUCGAAUCCAUGCUCAGGUCGAUGAUAUCGUGAGAGAGGCUCUUGACGACAUGUUGAUCGAACAUGUCAACGGUGUGCUUCUCGCUAAACUUCGAAGUACCAAUUUGACUCAAAUUGUUCAGAUUAACAUCAAUUUGGAGUAUUUUGAGAACAUGUGUAGCGAAUUGGAGGAAUUAUUGAAAGAGCGAAGGUCAUCUCAUCGUGGCGGUAAGAUACAUUUGGAGGCGGCCGAAGCAUUCCGUACAACAAGAAAGAAGGCAGAGAAGCGGAUCUAUGAACUAGUUAAUUCCAAGAUUGAUGAUUUCCUGGACUUGGCUGAUUAUGAUUGGGCUCCAUCUACAAUGCAGACACAACCGAGUCCAUAUUUGCAAGAUAUGGUUGGCUUUUUGACAACCGUAAUCGCAUCAACUCUAUACAACCUUCCGGUAGACAUCAAAACGCUUAUCUAUUUCGGAGCAUUAGGAUACCUCGCUACAGCACUUCGACGACGGAUUAUGGAUCCAGAAGUAAAACGAAUAAAUGCUAAUGGCGUCGGGAAUUUUGACAUCGAUGUCACGUUCUUGGAACACUUUGCGCGUAGAUUGGAAGAUCCAAACAUAGCAGACGCAUUCUUGGAAUUAAGACAGAUUGUAUCACUACUGGAGUCGGAGAACCCAGAUGAAUAUAUGGAUCCCUCAACAAGAAACAAAAAGUAUUCUUUACUUGAACCGGCAGAUGUUGCUCUUUUGUUAGAAAAAGCUGGGAAAAGAACACAGCAUGGUAUUAAUAUUGGCCAAGCCGGUCAGCAGAAUAGAUUUUUCAGCAAAUUCUUUGUGCAAAAGGGUGACGGUGUUUAA